CUCGUGGGAGCGGAGUGGGGGGCGCUGCCUCCCAGUCUGCAAGUUUGAUUCCCAGAGCCGAUGGCGCUGGGGCCGGAGGGGAGGGCGGAGGCUCCUGACUCUACGCCCUGACCCUGCAGGCCCGACUGCCCCUACGUGAUCAGACCCUUGGUCCCCCUCUCCCCCCAUGCCCCACCGUCCUCACGAUGCCGAACGGUCCGCCUUGGCAGCUGCUUCUAUCGCUACUCUGGUCGUGGGGGCCGCUGCUCCGGAGGGCGGAGACAGGCUCUGUGGGGCAGACGGCGGGGGAGCUGUACCAGCGCUGGGAACGGUACCGUAGAGAGUGCCGAGAGACGCUGGAGGCCGUGGACCCCCCAGCAGGCCUCGCCUGUAACGGGUCCUUCGAUAUGUACGUCUGCUGGGACUAUGCUGCACCCAACGCCACCGCCCGUGCGUCCUGCCCCUGGUACCUGCCCUGGCACAGCCACGUGGCUACAGGCUUUGUCCUCCGCCAUUGUGGCAGUGAUGGCCAAUGGGGACCUUGGAGGGAUCAUUCUCAGUGUGAGGACCCGGAGAAGAAUGGAGCCUUUCAGGAUCAACGGCUGAUUUUGGAGCGGCUGCAGGUCAUGUACACCGUGGGCUACUCCGUGUCCCUGGCCACACUGCUGCUGGCCCUGCUCAUCUUGAGUUUCUUCAGGCGGUUGCGCUGCACUCGAAACUACAUCCACAUCAACCUGUUCACGUCUUUCAUGCUGCGGGCGGCGGCCAUCCUCACUCGAGACCGUUUGCUACCUCCUCCUGGCCCCUACCCUGGGGACCAAGCCCCUGUCCUGUGGAAACCGGCCCUAGCUGCCUGCCGCACGGCCCAGAUCGUGACCCAGUACUGCGUGGGCGCCAACUACACGUGGCUGCUGGUGGAGGGGGUCUACCUACACAGUCUCCUGGUGCUUGUGGGAGGUUCCGAGGGGGGCCACUUCCGCUGCUACGUGUUCCUCGGCUGGGGGGCCCCCGCGCUUUUCGUCAUUCCCUGGGUGAUCGUCAGGUACCUGUACGAGAACACGCAGUGCUGGGAGCGGAACGAAGUCAAGGCCAUUUGGUGGAUCAUACGCACCCCUAUCCUCGUGACUAUCUCGAUUAAUUUUCUCAUCUUUAUUCGUAUCCUUGGCAUCCUCGUGUCCAAACUGAGGACGCGACAGAUGCGCUGCCCGGACUACCGGCUCAGGCUGGCUCGCUCCACGCUGACGCUGGUGCCCCUGCUGGGCGUCCACGAGGUGGUGUUUGCUCCCGUGACAGAGGAACAGGCCCGGGGUGCCCUGCGCUUCGCCAAGCUCGGCUUUGAGAUCUUCCUCAGCUCGUUCCAGGGCUUCCUCGUCGGCGUGGUCUACUGCUUUAUCAACAAGGAGGUAGGGAGGGACAGCCCCGGCUCGCCGCCCGCGCCCUCUGGUGGCCGCGCAGGGAACGGCGCGCCCGGGGCCGCCUCUGAGCGACGUUCGUUGCAGGUGCAGGCGGAGAUCCGCCGCUGCUGGCAUCGCUGUCGCCUGCGCCACAGCCUCGGUGAGGAGCGGCGCCAGCCACCGGAGCGCGCCUCCAGGACCCCGCCGACGGGCUCAGGCCCCCGCCCGGUCGCCACUGACCGCACCCCGUCCUUGGGGACCCUCCCAGGGCCUGGGAAUGAGGCCAGCCGGGGCUUGGAAAGUCACUGCUAGGCAGCGGUCCAUUCGAGUUAGCACGUAUUUAUUGAGCGCCUGCUGUGUACCAGGUCCAGUGUGGAGG